AUGAAGUCAAAGAGAGGACUAGCAAAGAGCGCUGCUCCUCACUGUGAAGCUGUGGAGACGAGCAGACCAUCCGGCUGUUACCGUGCAGCCGGAACGUCUCCAGUCAUAGCUGCCAACAUGAACUAUAACUUAAAUCCUGACUUAUGUAGAUUACUUUCCACCGCCCUCACAGACUUUCCACCGCCCUCACAGACUUUCCACCGCCCUCACAGACUUUCCACCCCCCUCACAGACUUUCCACCGCCCUCACAGACUUUCCAUCGCCCUCACAGACUUUCCACCCCCCUCACAGACUUUCCACCGCCCUCACAGACUUUCCACCCCCCUCACAGAAUUUCCACCCCCUCACAGACUUUCCACCUCCGUCACAGACUUUCCACCUCCGUCACAGACUUUCCACCUCAGUCACAGACUUUCCACCGCCGUCACAGACUUUCCACCUCCGUCACAGACUUUCCACCUCCCUCACAGACUUUCCACCUCAGUCACAGACUUUCCACCGCCGGCACAGACUUUCCACCUCCGUCACAGACUUUCCACCGCCCUCACAGACUUUCCACCUCCGUCACAGACUUUCCACCUCCGUCACAGACUUUCCACCUCCGUCACAGACUUUCCACCGCCCUCACAGACUUUCCACCUCCGUCACAGACUUUCCACCGCCCUCACAGACUUUCCACCUCCGUCACAGACUUUCCACCCCCCUCACAGACUUUCCACCGCCCUCACAGACUUUCCACCCCCCUCACAGACUUUCCACCCCCCUCACAGACUUUCCACCGCCCUCACAGACUUUCCACCUCCGUCACAGACUUUCCACCGCCCUCACAGACUUUCCACCUCCGUCACAGACUUUCCACCGCCCUCACAGACUUUCCACCUCCGUCACAGACUUUCCACCGCCCUCACAGACUUUCCACCUCCGUCACAGACUUUCCACCUCAGUCACAGACUUUCCACCCCCCUCACAGACUUUCCACCUCCGUCACAGACUUUCCACCGCCCUCACAGACUUUCCACCUCCGUCACAGACUUUCCACCGCCCUCACAGACUUUCCACCCCCCUCACAGACUUUCCACCCCCCUCACAGACUUUCCACCGCCCUCACAGACUUUCCACCGCCCUCACAGACUUUCCACCGCCCUCACAGACUUUCCACCCCCCUCACAGACUUUCCACCGCCAUCACAGACUUUCCACCUCCGUCACAGACUUUCCACCGCCCUCACAGACUUUCCACCUCCGUCACAGACUUUCCACCUCAGUCACAGACUUUCCACCGCCAUCACAGACUUUCCACCUCCGUCACAGACUUUCCACCGCCCUCACAGACUUUCCACCUCCGUCACAGACUUUCCACCUCCGUCACAGACUUUCCACCUCCGUCACAGACUUUCCACCUCCCUCACAGACUUUCCACCGCCCUCACAGACUUUCCACCUCCGUCACAGACUUUCCACCGCCCACACAGACUUUCCACCGCCCUCACAGACUUUCCACCGCCCUCACAGACUUUCCACCUCCGUCACAGACUUUCCACCGCCCUCACAGACUUUCCACCUCCGUCACAGACUUUCCACCGCCCUCACAGACUUUCCACCUCAGUCAGAGACUUUCCACCGCCCUCACAGACUUUCCACCCCCCUCACAGACUUUCCACCCCCCUCACAGACUUUCCACCUUCGUCACAGACUUUCCACCUCCGUCACAGACUUUCCACCCCCCUCACAGACUUUCCACCUCCGUCACAGACUUUCCACCGCCCACACAGACUUUCCACCGCCCUCACAGACUUUCCACCUCAGUCAGAGACUUUCCACCGCCGGCACAGACUUUCCACCCCCCUCACAGACUUUCCACCUUCGUCACAGACUUUCCACCUCCGUCACAGACUUUCCACCGCCCUCACAGACUUUCCACCUCAGUCACAGACUUUCCACCGCCCUCACAGACUUUCCACCGCCCUCACAGACUUUCCACCGCCCUCACAGACUUUCCACCCCCCUCACAGACUUUCCACCUCCGUCACAGACUUUCCACCUCCGUCACAGACUUUCCACCGCCCUCACAGACUUUCCACCGCCGGCACAGACUUUCCACCUCCGUCACAGACUUUCCACCGCCCUCACAGACUUUCCACCGCCCUCACAGACUUUCCACCUCCGUCACAGACUUUCCACCUCCGUCACAGACUUUCCACCGCCCUCACAGACUUUCCACCUCAGUCACAGACUUUCCACCUCCGUCACAGACUUUCCACCGCCCUCACAGACUUUCCACCUCAGUCACAGACUUUCCACCUCCGUCACAGACUUUCCACCGCCCUCACAGACUUUCCACCUCCCUCACAGACUUUCCACCUCAGUCACAGACUUUCCACCGCCGGCACAGACUUUCCACCUCCGUCACAGACUUUCCACCGCCCUCACAGACUUUCCACCUCCGUCACAGACUUUCCACCUCCGUCACAGACUUUCCACCUCCGUCACAGACUUUCCACCGCCCUCACAGACUUUCCACCGCCCUCACAGACUUUCCACCGCCCUCACAGACUUUCCACCCCCCUCACAGACUUUCCACCUCCGUCACAGACUUUCCACAUCCGUCACAGACUUUCCACCGCCCUCACAGACUUUCCACCGCCCUCACAGACUUUCCACCUCCGUCACAGACUUUCCACCCCCCUCACAGACUUUCCACCUCCGUCACAGACUUUCCACCGCCCUCACAGACUUUCCACCUCCGUCACAGACUUUCCACCGCCCUCACAGACUUUCCACCUCCCCACAGACUGUGUCGUAA